UCAGCGAGAGAAGCUGGUGUAGCGGAGGCGAGGCAGGCAAGGCAGUCAAAGGCAAGGCAAGACGGUGGAGCCGGGACAGUCCCGCUGCCUGCGGGGUCGCCUGUUAGUCCCUCUGGCCCCACCUGCUGCCCUUGAGCCGUCGGACUGGGUCAUGAAUUCGUACCUGGAAUACAUCUCUUGCGGAGAGGUGCUCACCUUCUCCCCCAAGUUCUGCCGCUCAGAUCCCAGGCCUGUGGCUUUGCAGCCUGCCUUUCCCCUGGGCGGGGAGGGCGCCUUUGUGAACUGCCUGCCCGUCGCCGGGGCUGGGGCUCGGCCGGUGCCUCCUGCUCCGGCGCAACACCAGCACCAGCCUCCUACGCCGACGCCGCCCCCUCCGCAGCUGCCGCCACCCCCAGCCCCAACCCGGGUUUCGGGCCCCCCUCCGUUUGCUCCGUGCACCCUUGAAGGCGCCUACGAGACGGGCGCCGCACCUGCUGCAGACUACAGCUUUCUGCCACAGGGUUCCGCGUACGACUUCGCUGGCAGCCUCGGGCCCCCGGCCGAAGACGGAGUGGCCGGCCAAGUUCACUACGCCACUUCGGCAGUCUUUUCGGGCGGUGGCUCUUUCAUUCUCAGUGGCCAAGUGGACUACGGCGCCUUUGGCGAACUCAGCCCCUUCCCGCAGGCUCUCAAAGAGCAAGUGGAUAGCCCGGCCGGAGGCUUCCAGGCAGUCUCCCCAGCGCCCGGCUCUUACCCCAAGUCAGUGUCUCCAGCCUCGGGACUUCCCACAUCCCUCAGCACUUUUGAAUGGAUGAAAGUGAAAAGAAACGCCCCCAAGAAAAGCAAACUCUCCGAGUAUGGAGUACACAGCCCCUCGAGCACGAUACGCACAAAUUUCAGCACCAAACAACUUACUGAACUGGAAAAAGAGUUUCAUUUCAAUAAGUACUUAACCCGGGCCCGCCGCAUAGAAAUAGCCCACUCCCUGCAGCUGAAUGACACUCAAGUCAAAAUUUGGUUCCAAAACCGAAGAAUGAAACAGAAGAAAAGGGAAAGAGAGGGAUUGUUGGCCAGCACAUCACCUGUAACGUCUCUUCAGCUUUCUAUGUCAGGUAGGAGCCCUGCAAAGCCUGGCAAGAAUGCAGAGAGUCCUGCUCCCUCGAAAGACUUUUCUUCAUAAAUGAACUCGAAAGCCUCUCAUCACUGACUUCAUCUUUUCUCAUGAGCAAAUCUCUGAGGCUGCAGAAAAUCUCUGAGACUGUACUGCUAACCCGGAGCAUCUCUAGGUUUACCAGACUCCUUUGGGAGUCGGCUAGAAGGUCGCCCUGAGAGGGUUUUGUUUUAUAAAAGAAGUACAGUGUGAUAAUUUCUCUCUGCUCAAAGUAGUGUGCAUAUUGGUCUUAAUUUGAUGCCUUUUAAAGCAACUUGUUUACCUCUUAUUUAUGUGUCUUAUCAGGUAAACUGGUUCCUAGCUGCCAGUCCACCUUGCUGCUACCUUUCCUAAUAAGCCUUAUACAAUUCUGGGUUUUAAAGGGGAGGCUUAAAUAUCAUUAGAAUAUCCCAAAUCCCCUAUAUGCUCCCAGUGUUGCAUCUCCUCUGUAUUAUACAAAUUGUUUGUUAUUGUUGUUGUUUGUUUGUUUUUUGUUUUAUGUGACAACGAAACAACCAUGGCCUCAUAGGUUAACCAAAGAUAGUAAGGAUCUCAUUGAUAAGAGCUGAGCUGCUUCAAUGAAAUUCUUAACAUUUGCACUACAAGUCUCUUCUUUUAAAGCUAUUCCUACCUCUCCACGUGCCUGAGUGAAAAUACAAUCCAUUUUUAGUUAGUAGAUGACUUUAUAAGGACAAAAACAACUGGUUUAGAAAUUGAUUUACACCUCAACUUUAGCUUUGUUACCUGUAUUUGUGUGUAAAUAUAUAGUAUGUAUAUUUUUAACAGGAUUUGCCUGCAAUGAACUUGGGUCAAAUAAUUUACCAAAAUAGCAUGCUAAGUGAAU